UGUUGUAUUUUUGAUUCAUUUGCUAUUUAGUGAUUUAAUAUCCUACUUUUUUAGAUCAUCCGAUUGAUAUAUGGUGAUCAUGUUAUCAAUUUUUAGAUUUAUAUCAAUCGAACCUGUAGUAUUUUUCUACGUAUUGGCCAUAUUUGCUGAAUACGAUGUUGUGGGGGAUUUGUUCUAUGUUAGUAAAUGUAUUGAUCAUCUUAAAUUAAAUGCCACCGAUCAAUUACAUUUAUGUACUGAAGAUCUCAAGCAUAAUAAAAGUUCUGAAAUAUCUAAUGCCGUUUCGAAAGAAGCAAAUAAUGCUCAAAAAAUAUACAAUGGUAUCCUUUAUGCAACCUCAAUUGCUUCAUCAUUCAUUGCAGCUACCUAUGCUGAUAGACGUAGUAAAUUCUGGCCAAUCAUUAUUCCAAUAAUUGGUUCAGCCAUCGUACAAUUGUUUGUUCUUGGAUCAUUGUUCAACAAUUUUAGCGAAGAAAUUCCAUUCCUAUUACGAUCUAAAGGCGUAUUUAUCAUAUUUCUUUGUUCAUGCAUUUCUGGUAUCACUGGCGGAACAUCGACAUUAUUGUCCAGUUGUUUUGCACAUGUCGCAGAAAAAUGUAAUCAAUCACAACGAACAUCGCGAAUUACGAUUGUCGAAGCAUGUCUUUUCGGUGGCGGAUUUUUCGGUUUUACUUUUGCCGGUGCUAUCUUUCGUCGAUAUCCGAAUUCAUUAGAACGUUAUGAUUUGAAUUUCGGUUUAUUCUUAAAAAUACAUUUGCUCAUGAUAAUCUAUGUGAUUUUUAAACGUCGAAUGUUUACGAAGCCUAAUCGAGCUCAUUCACAAGUGGCUAUUACGAUGUUAUUCACAUCAGUAUUUCGAACAAUAAAUCGCCAACGUGCAUAUCGUUAUCAACGUCGAAUCAUUUAUCUGAUCCUGAUCGCUUUCAUUAUUAUUUCUUACUGGAAUGUAGCGAUUACUACCAUGUUGUUUAUCUAUACGAGAAAUAUGUUAAAAUGGCCACCAUGGAAAUAUUCUUAUUUUAGCAGUGCCAAAUUUGGUCUUAGCGGUAUUUUCUUGUGUCUGUUGCCCGUUCUCCAAUAUUUGCUCGGUAGCGGAAAAAUGGCCAUUGGAAACUAUUUUCAGCAACCAUUAAAUGAUGGAACAUUAAUAACAAUCGGUUUACUUUCAAGAACAUUGGCCAUCAUAAUGAUAGGAUUAUCAACUAUAGCAUCGAGCGAUUUGUUCAUGAUCUUUGCUUUAGUAUCAAUCAUAUUUGCUGAAUAUCCAAUACCAGCUAUUCGUUCCAUGAUAUCCAAAAUCGUUGAGCCAGACGAAAAAGCACAAAUGUUUGCCGUUUUAGCAGCUAUACAAUCAAUCUGUUUUUUCACUGGUGGCAUCGGUUUCUUAGAGAUUUACAAUGCCGUUCUUGAACCAAUUUCCAAUGGACCAGGAUGGAUAUUCAUUACUAUAGGUUUUUUACAAUUGCUAUCCAUGUUUAUAUUCUGGUAUGUUGGAUAUCUCAUUGAUCAAACAAAUACCGAACAAAUGUCCAUUACAUCAAGUGUGCCUAAUGCACGAGAAUCACCACAAAAUGAAUAGAUUUAUUUAAAAUCAGAAAAAAAUUUUACAUAACAAUAAAACAAUUUUAUUCAUUUUAUAAAACAAA